CACCGCUGAUAACACCGCGAUCGAUCCAACCGAGGGACGUGGACGGGUCCGGGCAGGCACUUAAAAAGGCCCAGAUCCAUCGCUCCGUUCCUGGCUAAUUCCUUCGACCAGUAUCCGUCAGCAUGGCUCUUCAGACUGUGCUUCUCGCCGCCGUCGCGGUCGUCUACUUUGUCAUCCGCUAUCUCAACCGCACCGAUGUUCCCAAGAUCAAAGGCAUCCCGGAAAUUCCGGGGGUGCCCAUGUUUGGAAACCUCCUCCAACUGGGCGAGCGUCAUGCCGUGGUGGCACGGAAAUGGGCCAAGCAAUUUGGGCCUGUGUUCCAGGUGCGCAUGGGCAAUCGGCGUGUCGUCUUCGCCAACAGCUUCGACUCGGUCCGUCAGCUCUGGAUCAAAGAUCAGAGUGCUUUGAUCUCGCGCCCGACCUUCCACACCUUCCACAGCGUCGUGUCCUCCUCGCAGGGCUUCACAAUUGGUACCUCGCCGUGGGACGAGUCCUGCAAGCGUCGCCGCAAGGCUGCUGCCACCGCCCUCAACCGCCCGGCCGUGCAAUCGUACAUGCCGAUCAUCGACCUUGAGAGCACGACCAGCAUCAAGGAGCUGUUCAAGGAUAGCCAAAACGGGACGGUGGACAUCAAUCCAAAGGCCUACUUUCAGCGAUUUGCCUUGAACACCAGUCUCACUCUGAACUACGGAUUUCGCAUCGCGGGCAAUGUCGACGACAAGCUGCUGCAUGAGAUUGUGACGGUCGAGCGUGGAGUGGCUAAUUUCCGGAGUACCAGCAACAACUGGCAGGAUUAUAUCCCGCUGCUGCGUAUUUUGCCCAAGCAGAACCGCGAGGCGGGCGAGUUCCGGGCGCGUCGGGACAAGUACCUGAGCUUUUUGCUUGACAUUCUUAAGGAUCGUAUUGCCAAGGGAACCGAUAAGCCUUGCAUUACUGGGAACAUUCUGAAGGAUCCGGAGGCGAAGCUGAAUGAGGCGGAAAUUAAAUCCAUCUGUCUGACUAUGGUCUCCGCUGGUCUGGAUACCGUUCCUGGUAACCUCAUCAUGGGCAUCGCCUAUCUUGCCUCCGAAGACGGCCAACGGAUCCAGCAAAAGGCAUACGACGAGAUCAUGAAGGUGUAUCCCGACGGCGACGCCUGGGAGAAAUGUCUUGUCGAAGAGAAAGUGCCCUACGUGUCUGCCCUUGUCCGCGAAACCCUCCGCUUCUGGACUGUCAUUCCCAUCUGUCUUCCUCGCGAGAGUACCAAGGAUAUUGAGUAUAACGGGGCGACAAUCCCCGCCGGCACUACUUUCUUUAUGAACGCCUGGGCCGCCGACUACGACGAAGACCACUUCCAAAUGCCCGACCAAUUCAUCCCCGAACGGUAUCUCGAUAUCGCCGAAGGAUCCGGCACCCCACACUACGGCUACGGCGCUGGAUCGCGCAUGUGCGCCGGCUCACAUCUUGCCAACCGCCAACUCUUCACCGCGUAUGUCCGUCUGAUCACAGCGUUCACGAUGCAUCCCUCCCGCGAUGAGGCCGACCGACCGAUCCUGGAUGCGAUCUACUGUAAUGAGAUUGCCACUGGCUUGACGACCGAGCCGAAGCCGUUCAAGGUAGGAUUCAAGCCACGGGACCCGGUGAGUUUGCAGCGGUGGAUUGAGGAGAGUGAUGAGCGGACGAAGGAGUUGUAGUAUACCAGGGGAAAGGGACAGGUUAUGAUGAUAUGGUUGUACAUAUUACACAAAUAUACAGUAGGCAUGCUUAGCUUACUAUCUUCCAUUAGCGAAAAAGACCGAAUGUAUCAC